AUGGCUACCACACCUCAUGACACCAGCCGAAGAAUCGACCAAGCCAUAGACUCUCUCAACGCUCUCUGGGAUCUAGGGCUUCCAAGACUGCAUGGCAAGGAUGCCGAUCGAGCUGACGAAACUGGUCUACUAGCGUCGAGAUGCUCCAAGAGGAUUAGAUUCUUGUGUUACAAAACAGCCAACAUCGAUGCCAUCCUCGCAGACUUCAAUCAGAGUGCCCGGCAGAUUCAUUCGGAAUGGGUUUUCAAGCCUUUUCAAGAGCGGGGAACUUUGCCAGUCCUUCCUCAGACUAAGAAUCUGGUCGAACGUGACUUUCGAAUCAAACACAAAUCUGGCGUGGUGCGACUGUCAGACACGCAGCGACUUCGAUUGCAGGAACGUCUUUUUCAAAUCUUGGAUGAGAACUAUGAGUUGGCAAAGAUGACUCGUACUUACUCGACUGAAAGGACUUCCUCAACGUCCUUCACCACAGCGCCAUCGACUCCUCCGAAGCGGAGCGCGGCUCGGAAGCAGGAGCCCAAGACACCCACACGCCAAGUCAUCAAAGCGUCUGAAGUGAUCGUGUCCAGGUCUGAAGACCCCCAGCUCAAGAAUCCCUUGAAAAAUUCCACUAAGCGCACGCUGGAGUCUCCUAAUGGGCAAAACAAGCGACAAUAUCGGCAGCAAACACUGUCCCAAUUUCUACCAUCCAAGCCUGCACCUCCCGCUCACGCUCAACCCAACCUUGCUCCCGCGGCCCAAUACACCAGUUUCGAGACCGCGCCUUCUCCCGCGGUGUCUUCGGUCUUCACGACUCCAGAAGAAGAGGAUGGACCAGCUCUCUCGAAUGCGACUUCAAUGCUUAGUUCGCAGGAUGAAGAGUCCCAAGAUUUGUUUCCGACACAAGAUGUCAUGGUACUCGAUCAGGACGAGGACUUCCGAAGGUCAUUUAAUGAAGCAUGCCUCCCUUCAACCGCAAUUGAUCCGAUAGACCUUGUUCAGAACACUCCCUUUAAAGUGCAAGCUAUGCUACCGGGAGAGACGCCGUUCUGGUAUAGCUGGGAACUGCAUCGCCUGGCCCCAUCAACUGGCCUCAAGCCGAUUCAGCUGGAUCAGAUGGUUCGGCAAGAGUGUGGAAAGAAUGAGCUAUCAGCUGCCAAACUGUACGAUACAGUCAAGAAGAUGUACCACGGGAAAGAUCAACGAUCGCUGCCUGCGAGGUCGAACCUGCCGACCUGGAUGACCUCGCAGAACAGAUACUGGGACGAGCAAACAAACAAGAUUGGGUAUUUUACAGCCGCCUUAGAAUGGAGUGAAGACACAUCUCAAGGGCUAUUCCGGUUACGACUCAAUCCGGUGCAGUUGGAGCAGUCGUGUCGUCUCCACCGAAAGUUCGGCGCCGAUAGAUUUAUUGUCCUCUCCACUCCUGUUUUUUCUACACCUCCAGAGAAGAUUCGAUUACUUGACAAGGGCCAUGGCGCGCUACAUGAAAAGGUCAUCAACUUCUUAGCAUCGAACCAACACUUCGUUGCGGGCCGCUACUGGAGAACUUGCUUUGUGCCAGACGAAAAGAAGCAAGCAAAACUGAAGAAGUCGAGCAACACAAGCAUCAGGAUCAUUCUGUUUGCGGAAACUGGGUACGACAUGCAGCAAGGUGCUCCUUCCCAUCUUGGCGGUUUCGUAUUGAGAGAUGGCACGCCACACCCACGAAUCAUGCUGGAGGACUUGAUGCAGUGGCACAUCCCAGUUGAGGCCAACCACAAUUCACCGGAGCUCAAACUUUUCUCGAGAUGGAGUCUUGGCUUCUCGAAGACGAAGCCUACUAUCGAACUCAGACCAGACGAAUUUCUCCACUUGCCUGACAAACUGGGCACCGAAGCAGUGGAAGAGCCUGGCGGCAAACGCGCGCGUCAAGUCAUGAACGAUGGCUGUGCUCUGAUCUCAUACCCACUUGCCAAAGCCAUCUGGGCAGCUUAUGGGGGCGUAGGUGAAGUACCUUCCGCCGUUCAAGGACGCAUUUCAGGAGCGAAGGGAUUGUGGAUCGUGGACUACCAAGGGAGGUUCCCUGAUGUCAGCCAACGAGGAUUCUGGAUCCAGGUUUCGGACUCCCAGUUGAAGAUUAAACCUCAUCCUCAGGCGCGACUUGAUGCCGACGCCACUCAACGUACCUUCGAGGUCUUGAAAUUUGCCCAAGACUGUGCCGAGACUCACUUGAACAGGCAACUGAUCACCGUCCUCGAGGACAGAGGCGUACCGCGCAGCGUGCUCAGAGAUGCAUUGGAAGAAGAUAUGAGAUCAUAUUCGCAGUCCCUGGCCAACGCAAUGUCCGACCCCCAGCGCCUGCGGCUCUGGAUGCAGGAGCACGGCUAUUCUUCUCCGUCCGAAGAUAUCAAAAUCUUGGGGUCUUUUCCGGACGGCAAGCAGCACCAAAUGAAGCUGCUGCUCGAGUCAGGCUUCCACCCGCUGAAUUGCGAGCAGCUCGUGGUAUGUGCUAGACACUUGCUCAGAGAUCACAUGACCCGGUAUCUCAAGAAGAUGUCCAUCAAGCUGCCAUAUUCUACUAUAGUCUACUGUGCCCCUGACCCAUGUGAUGUUCUAGCCGAGGAGGAGGUGUUCCUGGGCUCCACGACGCCUCUCGUAGACCCCAGAACGGGUUUCAGCGAAACCGCGCUUGACAACAUCAAGAUACUGGUGGGUCGCAACCCGGCACAUCUCGCCUCUGACAUACAGUUGAGAAGAGCGGUUUACAAGCACGAGCUGCGGAACUACAAGAACGUCAUCUUGUUCUCAACACGGGGUAGCAGGUCCACAGCAGCGCUUCUCUCGGGUGGUGACUAUGAUGGUGACAGGGUUACCUGCGUUUGGGACCCCAGGUUUACUGAGCCAUUCUGCGGUGCCCGAUUGCCACAAAUGCCUACACAAGCAGAAUGCAACAUGAUCAACAGGUCCAGUCCACUAUCAGAUAUUUUUCAGGGUGGUCGAUACGAUGCCAAUUCGAUGCCGAAUUUCUUACAGCGCUGUCUCUCUUUCAACACCAGGAAAUAUCUUCUGGGGACAUGUUCGAACGAGUGGGAGAAGCUCGUAUACUCUCUCAGUCGGAAACAACAAAGUGGCAAAUUAUCACACACCGGUGCGAUCAAAAUUGCCGCUCUCGCUGGCUAUCUGGUGGAUAGUCGCAAACAAGGCUGGUCUAUUAGCGAGGCAGAUUGGCACGCAUUCCGCAAGACUGCCGCUGGUCGUCGGCCAUUAUCUCCACCUGGCUACAAAGAGGGCAAAACUCCGCCAAAAUCUGGGGCGCCUCAUCUCAAUGUGAUCGACUAUCUUACGUUCGAUGUUGCAGAAAGUGAGAAAGACAAGGUCCUGGCGGAUAUGCAGGGUCGCCGACAGCAGGCAGGAACCUAUGAUAAGGAUCUCAGUCAAUUCUGGAGAAGAGAGGAGGCAAAGAUGAAGAUGGAGCAGGAUGAGCUGAAGGCCAGGCGACUGCCGCAUGCUAAUGUUUCCCCGUACGGUGAAGGCACGCCUACCCUCUACGAUAUGCUGAAGGGUGAGGACGGGCUGCACGGUCACAUAACCCGAUUGUGGGAGACAUGGGGCAAGUUGCGUACUCCGCCUGACUCCAACUUCAACUCCCAGAGGGGAGACAUGAAAGGCUCCGACUACGCUGCUUCUCUUCAGCUGGUUUACGAGCAGUUCAAAGCCAUCGAGCCGAAGAAGGUUAAUCAGCGGCUGCGGCUGCGGUACGAAGAGGAGGCAGAGGAGCAGCAUCCCUUUGCAUACUGGACACUUCUGCGGGCGUCGUGUCUUUACACAUUCCUUACCGGUGGCGGACGGAGUUUCCCGGAAUGGGCAUGGCAGGUUGCAGGGUACGACUUGUGCGUCCUCAAGAUGCUGCGCUACAAUGGCAAAGUCAUGCCGAUGGUGGCGGAAAUUCACGGACUGCUGAGAGUCGAUACGAAGUUCACCAAGCGGCUACUUGAACGCGGCGCCAAUGAUGAUGAGGCGCUUGCCGAAGAUGCCGACGAUGAUUUCAGUGAGGAAGAUGUUACGAUGGAGUUGGAUUGA